AUGGCAGAAUUGAGCAAACAGGCCAGCGACUUGAUGGCUCGUUUGAACAUCAAAGAACCUGGGAAGAGUGCAGCAGUGGAAGAACAACCAGAAAAAAAGCCAACCGAUGUCUCAGAAAAAGAUGCUUCCAAGGAAACUGAAUCGAAGACUAAUAAGGAACCUGAGACCAAUGUCAUCAAUUCUGAGUACGAAGUUAAGGUAAAUCUAGCAGACUUGCAAGCCGAUGCCAAUUCUCCAUUAUACAGUGUUAAAUCCUUUGAAGAGUUAGGUCUAUCGGAAGAACUAUUAAAGGGUUUGUAUGCCAUGAAAUUCCAAAAACCAUCCAAGAUUCAAGAAAAAGCUCUACCAAUUUUGAUUAGAGAUCCUCCACAUAACAUGAUUGCGCAAUCGCAAUCUGGUACUGGUAAGACGGCGGCUUUCUCAUUGACGAUGUUGACCCGUGUCGACCCCAAUGUCAAUGCUACGCAAGCGAUCUGUUUGUCUCCAGCUAGAGAAUUGGCGAGACAAACGUUGGAAGUUAUCCAAGAGAUGGGUAAGUUUACCAAGGUCACUACACAGCUCGUUGUUCCAGAUUCCUUCGAGAGAAAUAAACCAAUCACCGCUAACAUUGUUGUCGGUACACCGGGCACAGUGCUAGACUUGAUCCGUAGAAAAAUGUUAAGUUUGGGAUCUAUCAAAGUGUUUGUGUUGGACGAAGCAGACAAUAUGUUAGACAAGCAAGGUCUUGGUGACCAAUGUAUACGUGUCAAAAAGUUCUUGCCAAAAACAUGUCAGUUAGUGCUAUUCUCCGCUACAUUUGACGACGGUGUCCGUCAAUACGCCAAGAAAAUCAUCCCAACUGCCGUUUCACUUGAGCUACAAAAGAACGAGGUCAACGUCGAUGCCAUCAAGCAAUUGUUCAUGGACUGUGACAGCGAAGAACACAAAUAUACAAUCUUAUCCGAACUCUACGGACUCCUAACGAUAGGUUCCUCCAUCAUCUUCGUGAAAACAAAGCAAACCGCAAACUUACUAUACGCCAAACUAAAGAAGGAGGGCCACCAGGUGUCCAUCCUACAUGGUGACUUGCAAAGUCAAGAGAGAGAUAGACUAAUCGACGACUUCAGAGAGGGAAGGUCCAAGGUCCUAAUCACAACAAACGUUUUGGCUCGUGGUAUCGACAUCCCAACAGUCUCCAUGGUUGUUAACUACGAUCUUCCAACAUUACAGAAUGGCCAAGCUGACCCAUCCACAUAUGUCCACAGAAUCGGCCGUACCGGUAGAUUCGGCCGUACCGGUGUCGCCAUCUCCUUCAUCCACGACAAAAAAUCCUUCGAAGUGCUUUCUGCCAUCCAAAAGUACUUCGGUGACAUCGAAAUCACAAAGGUCCCUACCGAUGACCCCGAUGAAAUGGAAAAAAUCGUCAAGAAGGCCCUCAAGGCUUGA